AUGAGCUUCUGUGGGUGUGUCGGCAAACUGAUGAUGGAUUCUGGACUCCCAGACAUUCUGAAAACGACCUUUGGUGGAGUGGAGAAAAUGUUGUCUGGAAAGAAAUACCCACAGAAUGUGAGGGCAUUCAGACUGCUUGCUGAAGAAAUUCUUCGGAAGUAUAUCAAAGAAAUAGACUCUUUUGAAGAUUUGGAGACCUGGAUGGCAGAUCUAUCAACCAAAAGCAAAACUGCGAAACUCUGGCUAGAUGGCUUCAUCCGACCAGUGCUCAUCAUUAUGGCAUUCACGCGUGCAGAACGGGAAUCGGACUGGCCGCUUCAUCUCUGGGCGUUAUCCCAAAUGUUGCCAUACUUUUUUGCCGCUGGUCAUGUAAACUACGCUAGAUAUGGCAUGUACUAUCUUCGCUCCAUGGAAGCACUGCCACCUGAGAUUACAGAAAAGUUUCUCAGAGGCCAACAUACGAUGAGACACACAGCUGGAGCAUCAAACGCCACAUGGAGUGACAUGUACAUUGAAAGCACAUUCAUGCGGUUUGGGCAUAGUCAUGGAGGUUUGACAGGACUCACAAUGAACAGCAAUGCCACCAAAAGAUGGUCACUCAGUCUCCACAGCUGCAGCAGGCUUGCCCAUGACAUCCAAGCCAUGCGAGACAACAUUCAACAACCCUCAGUUUACCACAAAGAAGAGUCCCGAGCACAGAUCCGAUCAGAUGCACAUGACAGACAAAGCCUACAAAAAAAGUUGGAGCAUUGUAUCGAUCCUCUCGAUCCAACUGGUCACCCCAAGGAACUGUUCAACAUUGCCACAGGAGAACUUGCUUCCUCGACGGUGAAUGUAGACGAAGCCUUGGCACUGGGAAAACAGUCUGCAGAAGCAUACGAAGCAAAGCUGCCAGAUGGAUUCCAUGAAACAAUCAGCUGUCCAGUAACUACGAUGGCAACCAAACGAAAGAAGACAACACUACAUGGGCGGUCUGAUCCUACCUUUGACACUGAAGUUAUCUUCACUAGGACUAUUGGACUUAUGGAUACAGAAGAUUUCAAUUUGAGGGAACUCUUUGACUAUGAACUUUCCCAAAUUCCAACUUCCCUUUUCACAGACGAAGGUAACCUACGACCCGCUACAUCAAAGUCGAAACUGAAGAAUUCUUUGGGAGUUGAACGAUCCUCUCGAAUGACACCAAACCCAGAGGUAGUUGUGCUUGAUGGCUGUGCAAUACUUUGGACAAUUCACUGGCCUGUUCCUGGAAGAAUCAUUGAUCUCAUUGCAGCCGUGGAAACAUACUUGAGACAGAAACUGGUCCAAAGUGAUGUGUAUCUGGUGUUUGACAGAUACCACGCGUAUAGCCCAAAGGGUUGCACAAGGAGUCGACGGUCUUCAAUUACAGAAAGCAGUCCAUUCCAUCUGACUUUGAACUCACCACUUCCCUCUCAAGCUGCGUCACUGUCUAUUGUGGACAACAAAGUACAGAUCAUUAACUUACUGUGUGAUGCUUUAGUGGAUCGUUUUCAAACAGAUAGAACUGACAAGGAACUAGUCAUCACGGGACCAGAUCCUGUGCCAUAUUCCAUCCAAAAAGGAAUGUGUCUAAGGAGGACAGAUUUGAAAGUGACACACGAAGAAGCUGAUGUUAUUAUUGUCAACCAUGUAGUGGAUGUCGCAAGAGGAACACAGAAAACGAUACACAUCAUUUGUGAUGACACAGAUGUCUUUGUCCUGUUGGUUCAUUUUGUUGCAUCUGAAGGUCUCUGUAACAAUAUUUUCUUGGUUCCAACCCGUCCGUCAAGGAAUGCCAUAGACAUUGGUGCGACAGCAAACCAGCAUGCAGAAAUAGCCAAGUAUCUACUUCCGCUGCAUGCCCUAACUGGCUGUGAUACAGUGAGUACACUGUAUGGAAUAGGGAAAGUCAAAGCAUUGAAAGUCCUCAAACACGGGCAUCAUCCUCCUUUGCUUGGAGACAGCGAAACAGAUGAAAAGGACUUGGAAAAGCAAGCUGUUGCAUUCAUUGCUAAAUGCUACGGCAGCAAGGCAACUGGCUCGAUGUCAGAGGUUCGCUACAGCAUGUGGCAGCACAAAACCGCAAAAAGCAAAUCUCGGAAAUUCAAACUAGCGACCCUUCCACCCAGCUCCAGAGCAUUUGCUUUGCAUAUCAAGAGAGCCCAAUAUCAAGCAUCUCUAUGGAAAGCAGCACUGCAGUCUGAUCCCCCAGCUUUGGCUGCCUCGGAUUUUGGGUGGAAACCAGACCAUGACAGCCAAACUCUUCUCCCAAUUCCACUUCCACCCGACACAAUGGCUGCUCCCGACAGAGUACUGAACCUUUUGUGCUGCAGCUGUCAUUCAUCAACAGACGUAUGUUCCACUAGGAGGUGCUUGUGCCGCAAAAAUGAUAUUGCUUGCAGUACCUUCUGCAAUUGCAGUGUCGACUCCAGUCUAAACUGUUGCAAUCCUCUUAACAAAGCCCUCCAGGAUGCCGCUUUGGAUGACACCGAUGACGAAGACGACGACACAGAGAGUGAAAAUGAGGACUCUCUCCUUAAAAUGAAUGACUUCAUGGUUCUUUAG